UUCAGUCUUGUCCCUUGACUGAGGCAGCAAUCUUUUUUUCCUUCCUAGUUUCUUUCUCUUUUGUUAGUUUCUCCCCUUUUACAAUCUUGAUAGGCAUACAUUUCUCUUCUCCAACUUUUCUUCACCUUCACAUCCAACUCAUCCAAGCUUUACAAUAUUCGUGUUUGUUUUCAUUCAUAAUCCCACAGCAAUGGCAUCAAGCUCGAUGACUUCAUCACGUGACUCUAACUCCUACUGGACUCCAAAGCAAAACAAACUAUUUGAGAAGGCACUUGCUGUAUAUGACAAGGACACCCCAGACCGCUGGCAAAAGGUGGCCGCUGCCGUGGGUGAGAAAUCUGCCGAGGAAGUAAGAAGGCACUAUGAGAUCCUUGUUGCGGAUCUCAUGUAUAUUGAAUCUGGUCAAGUCCCUAUACCCAAUUACCGAAGCACUGGGAGUAAUCGAAGAUGAAUUGCUGGUGAGCAAAGGUUCAUGAAGAAUCUAGAGCUCCAAUGAACAAGCAAAGGUUUCUGCUGCAUGUCAGAGGAUCUUUAAAAAUUGGAAAAAAAGAAGAAGAAAGGUAUAAAAAUAUAAAGAAAUCGAGAAUCCUCAACGUGAUUCCCCCCUAUCUUUGGCUCCUUUUAAGUGUGUAUGUUACCGUUGAGUCAGUUUGUUAAUAUAACAAAAGGUUGAACUCUAUAAUUAUUAAGCUUGUAAGUAUUCUACUGUAUUUUCUAGUUUUAAAUAAAAAUACUCAAGUGUUCUGUACUUUG